AUGGUCGAGGCCUGAGGAGAAAGUGAUAACUGGGAGCUCUUUCCGUCAAAUCCUUAUAAAUUGGUUUCACCAACCACACUCAGAUAUUUUCUCUUCUUCAUCCGUAUCAGAAUCAAGAUCAGCUCUUGAGCCAACGAAUUAUCAGCAUGAACAUGAACAAGACGCAGAAACAGGAUGGCCCCGAGCUGCCAAUAACCGAACCUCAAUGUGUGUACGUGCCUCAAGAGGAAUAUGAGGGUCUCCUUACGAUUGCCCACCAGUAUGUCUUCCUGCGUCAGAAUCUCAUCGCACAAGGGCUGAAUGAGGCUACUGUGAAUUCUCUCUGCCUACGAAACCCAGCUGAUGAUGCGCCUGCCUGUACCCCUGAACAGUUUGAACCAUCGCCAUCGGCAACAUUUUCAUACAAAGCACCAGCAUCUUCUUUCCAAAUUCAAUCGAAUGCCGGUUUGGGCUACCCUGCUGCAGAGCAAGGGCUUCGUCUGAAUAGGAGUUGGCACCCCAGUGCUUCUUAUCGAUCCUCAACCUAUCCAGGUGGCUCGACCAACCAAAAACGGCGUGGAAAUUUUCACGACAACAAAAGACCAGAGAUCAAUGAGUGGUUUGAGCGCUCAGCCCAGAGGUCAGUCCUACUCCUCAAUGUGCCUAAUGGCGUCACACAUGGGGAUGUUGCUGCGGUUAUUCGAGGAGGUCCCGUUCUGGAGAUCUUUCUUCGGAGUAAAGAUAACUCUGCCACGGUCUCUUUUGUGCACGAGGCUGAUGCCUGUGCUUUUAUCGAGAACUGUCGCACAACUGGUUUGUAUGUCAAAGAUCGGAAGAUACAUACCAGAUGGUCUGACCACCAGUUCACCAUGAGUGGCCAGGUUGCCCAUCAUGUUCGCAAGGGUGGCUCUCGUAACUUCGUCAUCCGCAAGCGGGACCCCAACCUCACUAUUCAGGGUAUCCGUGACGACCUUGAACACAUUCACAAUCUUCAUGUGAUUAGCAUCGCGUUUGAGAAGGACGACUGUUUUAUCAGCACCAAUGCGAUUCAUGGGGCCAUCUAUGCUCGAACUUGUCUUCAGAGCCGAUUAGAAUACAGGACCUCUCGUAUUGAGUGGUGUGCCGAUGAAUGUGCACAGCCGCUUCAGAGCAUGUCAUCUGCGAUUCACGAUCCGGUCCCUAAUGUGAAGUCGCAGAGAAGAGCCAUUCCCACCCAUCCAUCACGCAAGAACCUCAUGGGCAACCGUUUCCAGCUAUUGGAUCUUUCUGAUAGCGAUGGAAGUAAUGGGGAUGAUUCAUCUGACGAUUCUUUUUGAGCUAGGCACAGCAUCUUCGAUUCUUCGAUCUAGUAUGAUCAGGAGAUCAACUUGCUGUGAUGCUAUUGAUCUGUUCAUUUGUGCGAGUUUUGGUUCAACCCUCUGUGAGAGAGGUCUAAUCAUGGGACAGACAGUGGGGUUUGUUCGACUGUAGAUA